GAGGUGUCGUACGCGUUGGGCGCACCGAAAACAAAAAAAAAACAUUUGCACUGCAGUAAGCUUUGAGAAAAUUUCCAACGGCAUUUCGCUUUUGUUUUAAAAUGCGCUUGUAAGCAGAAUAAGCAAAAAAAGCUAACGGAAUUUUGCAAAGGAGGCGCGCGUUAAAAUAGUUGUUUACGCUAUUUCUUUGAAAAGUUUGAAGAUAAACUCCUUUGAAAGUGAAAAUAUAGUUGGCAACGCGAGUGUAAAUAAAUAUUUGAAAGUGCGCACGAGUGUGUUUGUGAGUUUGUGUUGCCUAGAAACAGUGCAACCAACUCCUGUCAAAGGAGCUUUGCACAAGAAGCGCAACGUGCAAAAGCAAACAGCGAUAGAAAGUGAAAUGUUUUGAAAUUUGAAUUCGAACGACUCAAGGAUACGCGGUCAGCGCCACAGGACUAGCGCAGGCAGGUGGAUAAGCCAACGCUGCUCCACUUUUUGCUGUCAGCUUGCCGGUGAGGGAAUUGGCAGUAAAGUAAGCAAAACAAAGUUUAUUCCACACUUCAGUCAGUCCAACUUGCACGCUCAUUAGACUACCCCCCACUCCUUACCAUGCAUACAGCCACUAACGAAGUGGAAGAACAGCAAUUUAUUGAACUACCCCUCAAAUCAAAGGAAAACUUCCCCACAAAUUCACACAAAAUGAGCACAGAUACCUUAGCAGAAUCUAAAUCAAAGCCCGCGGUGCGUUUUGGAAUUUCACGCAGCCAAGAAGAAGAGUCCAAACCCACACUGCUGGAGUUGGAGACGCCAUCGCACUAUGGGCGCACAUCACCACUACUAUCUACGAAUCUACGCAGCCACUGCUCAAGCACAUCCGAUACAUCCAGCGCUGCCAACUCAGUACCGCGCGCCACCAAUCUGCGCUUGAAGUUUCGCAAAAGCCACACUUGCGGCAGCCUCUUUGCCAAUUGUAAUUGCAGCAGUCCACCAGCUGUGCCCCUACCAGCACCUGCUACGGGCAACAGCGGCAAUACUACGUCACACCUACUUCAUUCGGGCCGCUCCAGCUACGCUGCCGCGCCUUGCGCAUUCAAUUUCUCUAUUUCGCCUACCAACGCGGAUCUCUCCAGCCACAGCGCUUGCACGCAAUAUACGUCAUCGAGCGGCAUUUACUCGCUCUCGACGCAAACGUCGUCAGCUACAUCGGCACAGCUAUCGCGCGAUGAGAGCAUGAAUGUCAGUUUCGACUGGAGUGCCGGUGGUGGUGGCGGCGGCGGCGGCUGCGGCGAUGGUGAGGGAGUACGUUCCAAUAGUUUCGACAGUGGCGUUAGUGCUAGUGGCGGACAGUCAGCAACACUGCUACAUCGCAAGCACAGUCCAGUUAGCUUUCGGCUCGCAAGCGUUACGGAAAACGAAAACGGUUCAUCACAAGCGCGCGCUACCGCCACCAAAACGCUACAAGUGCCGGGCUUUACUUCCAAUACAGACGCUGGCAUUGUAGCUACGCCAACAGCAAGCAGUGCGAUCUCACCCACAGCAACGCGUAAAAACGAACGCAAAGCAAAACGGUUCUUUCAGUCCUACUCGCAUCCGGAUACGGAUUACAUCUUCACCGAAGCGAAUAAGAAACCCUCGCGCGAAUCGCUAAUUCAGAUACAUGUGCAGCAUCAGCAGGAAGCGGUGAUAAAAACGCGAGACGGUAAACUAGAAUUCAAGCAACCGAAACGUUCGUCCUCACCCAAUAUCGGACAAUUUCAAGUGUUGGAUGUUGCGGUGCAUCCUGAUAUAUUAGUGAAAAUCUCGCCAAAACAAUCGCCUGUAACGGUAGCGCGUCCACAGCAAUCGCCACAGAGCACACCACGCUCUGCGCAGCAAAGACGGCGGCUCUUGCAACGUUCGCACGAAAUCGAUUCGGGUGGCUCGACAUCGGAGACGGAGCAGAAUUGCGACGUGCCGCAGGAGGCGAAGGCAAAGGAUUUGAAAUUGCAAUACGGCAAGGAAAAUACCACACCAAUUGAAAGGUUGGGCAGUCCUACCAAAUCUAAAGCAGUCGUUGAGGAUGCAAGCUUCGAUGCAGCACAGAAAUAUUUUGCUGAGAGCGGCAUUCUAGGACCGAUCAAUACAGCCAGUCCGCUGAUCAGGAAGACUUCAAAGAUUUUGCAGGAUGCUAAUGUGCAUGAGCAGAUUCGUAAAACUUCGAUGAUAUUGCGUGCCAACGGCGGCAUUAACAGCACCACCACCAACAACAACUCCACCAAUACGCCAGCGAGCACAUCACCCAAACUAAACUCACCAACUUCACCCAAAUCCAAGGCACUUUUGCCGGCGCCUAUACUCGCCUUGGUGCCUGUAGAGAAACCAAAAUUCCAUACUAUCGAUGAGAACAGUUACAGUAAGCACAAUAAUUGUAAUACACAGUACAAUGUGUACAGCAUGGAGCGAGCGCCAGCACUAGCAUAUGCAAGCACCAGUGGCAGUUGCAGCAGCAGCACCACCACCACCAUUACAAACGACAACAAAAACAAAAACAACAGUGGCAGUGGUUAUAAGAUUAACGGCAACAGUACGUCACUUUCGCCACACACCAUGGCCACCACUUGUGGCUUCAGCCCCAACAUGACGACAAAGAGUUGCAACGUAACCGAUGAUCGCGAUGCUCAAAUAAAGAGUAUGCAGGGCGAAAUUGUUUCAUUGAAGGAUGUGAUAAAGGCACGCGAUGCAGAAAUUGUUAAAUUACGAAGAGAAAUACAUAAAUUGAAGAGUGUUCUUCAGCAAACGGCCAAUCCACUACCCAUAGCUAUCGCCGAUCUACCACCAUCACCCACAGCUCCCGCCCCAUCACCCAAUAGCUUUCUACUCGCCAGUCCGAAUCAAAUUUGUACAGUAUGCAAGAAAAAAUUCGAAACAGACAGCAAUUCGACGCCACGCAUUCGACAACUCACACCGGAGAAUAGCACCUCGGUCGAAUCGAAUAUCAGCGAGUCAACGGCAACAACUGACACCGGCAACACUGCUGUAACCUGUGCACUGACCAGCUCAAAUGCUGUCAAUAAUCAACCGGUGGAGAUCGCCUUGGAUGCGGCAGCAGCACAAACGGCAGCCGAGGCGGCGGCCACCGCGUCAACAUGCAACGGCGUUAAGUCGAAAUUGACGCCCAUGUCAGCGCAGCUACACGCGCCAGUGCUCAAGAAACAGGGUGUUUCCGGCGAAAGUUGUGAAACUUCCAUGCAGCAGUCGAUCAAUGUGCCCACACCGAAAUAUGAAAAGGAUUUCAGUUCCAAACAACUCAUCAAAGACGCUAUAAUGGACAAUGAUUUUCUCAAGAAUAUCGACGCUUCGCAAGUACGCGAACUUGUUGAAUCCAUGUAUCCGCUGGCGAUCGCCAAGGGAGAGUUUGUGGUGCGCGAAGGUGAGGUGGGCGCUCAUCUUUACGUUUCGGCGGAGGGUGAAUUUGAGGUGGUCAAAGGUGGCAUUGUGCUGAGCGUCAUGGGACCGGGCAAGGCUUUCGGUGAGCUUGCCAUACUCUACAAUUGCACGCGUACCGCUUCGAUACGCGUCUUAUCAGAUGCGCGUGUAUGGGUGCUAGAUCGUCGAGUCUUCCAACAGAUCAUGAUGCGUACGGGCAUGCAAAGGAUCGAGAAUAGCGUGAACUUUUUGAGAUCGGUGCCGCUGCUAAAGAAUCUCAGCAUGGAGGUGUUGGCGAAAAUAGCCGAUGUGCUGGAAGUGGAAUUCUAUCCAGCUGGCACUUACAUCAUACGCCAAGGCGCCAGUGGUGACACCUUCUUCCUCAUUUCGCAAGGCAGCGUCAAGGUCACACAAAAGUUAACACCCACCUCCGAGGAGAAAGAGAUACGCACACUAGAACGUGGUGAUUACUUUGGUGAGCAGGCUCUCAUCAAUGAGGAUAAACGUACGGCAAAUAUUAUCGCCAUGGCGCCCGGUGUUGAGUGUUUAACGCUGGAUCGUGACUCCUUCACGCAGUUGAUUGGCGAUUUGUGCGAGUUGAAGGAAAAGAACUACGGCGAUGAGAAUCGUGUGCUGGCCAUGAAGUAUGCGGAGAAGACCAAAGAGAUUUUCGGCGCCAAUGUGAAGCAAGAGUUCCCUGACAUGAAGCUCACCGAUUUGGAGGUUGUAGCCACACUCGGCAUCGGCGGUUUCGGACGCGUGGAACUUGUGAAAGCCUAUCGUGAGAACAGCGUUGAUAUAUUUGCAUUGAAGUGUCUUAAGAAGAAGCAUAUCGUCGAUACCAAACAGGAGGAGCAUGUCUUUAGCGAACGCACCAUUAUGCUUACCUGCGAUUCACCCUUUAUUUGUCGCCUCUAUCGCACAUUCCGUGAUGAGAAGUAUGUGUAUAUGUUGCUCGAAGCCUGUAUGGGUGGCGAGAUAUGGACUAUGUUGCGCGAUCGUGGCUGCUUCGACGACAAUGCUACACAGUUCAUAAUUGGCUGCGUCUUGCAAGCAUUCGAGUAUUUGCAUGCGCAUGGCAUUAUCUAUAGAGAUCUCAAGCCGGAAAAUUUGAUGCUGGACGAGAGGGGAUAUGUGAAGCUCGUCGACUUCGGUUUUGCCAAAUAUAUCGGCAAUAGCAGCAAGACUUGGACUUUUUGCGGCACGCCAGAAUAUGUAGCACCGGAAAUUAUUUUGAACAAAGGUCACGAUCGUGCUGUGGACUAUUGGGCUUUGGGUAUACUCAUACAUGAGCUGCUCAAUGGCACUCCGCCCUUCACUGCUACAGAUCCUAUGAAAACCUACAAUAUAAUUCUGAAGGGUAUUGAUAUGAUCGAUUUCCCUAAGCAUAUGUCACGUUCGGCUGUGCAAUUGAUCAAGAAACUGUGUCGUGAUGUGCCGGCAGAGCGUUUGGGCUAUCAAAAGGGAGGCAUACAAAAUAUUAAGAAGCAUAAAUGGUUCCUUGGCUUUGAUUGGGAUGGUCUCGAACAGCAAUUGCUCAUACCGCCAUUUGUGCGUCCCAUUGCACAUCCAACGGAUACAAUGUACUUCGAUAAAUUUCCAUGUGAUCCCGAAGAACCGCCAGAUGAGUUCUCCGGCUGGGAUGCGGACUUUUAAAAAAACCGCGCAAGCACCUUUACUUUGGUCAAUAUAGUGCCUUAAAACAGCUGAGCUAAAAAAAUAUUUUACAUAAAAUAUUGCUCAAAAUUUUCUAAUCAAAUAUCAAUUUAUAUAUGUAUUUAUAAAUAUGGUGAAAUUUCCUUAAAAGCAUUUUUUUAAACUAAACAUAAAAAUGUAAAGCGUUGUUGAAUGCAUACACUUUUUAAAUAAAUUUUUUAAUAAUUUAGCAGUGGUGAAAAUAGCACUUUGCUCACACAAUUUGCAUAUACAUACCUGUGUAUGUACAUAUGUAUGUACAUAGAUAGAUGCAGUUUCAUAAAGUAUUUUUCAGAUAUUUUCCAUAUCUUUAGUCAUGCAACUUAUAAAAAAGAAAAUAAUAAUUAUAAUAUUAUAUUCUAAAAUACUUCUACAUAUUAGCUUUAAGCACUUUUAGCACUUAAAAACAACUCUGCUCAAGUAGUUUUAAUCAAAAAUGCAAUGAAAUUGUGUGCCUUUGUCUGUUAAAUUUCCGAAAUUCAUUUACUAUGUAGAAUAGCGUAAAAUUUAUUGCUAAAUAAAAAGCAGAUACAAAAUCAUAA